AUCACUCUGGAUCUUUUUAAAGUUGCUACGUAAUAUUUCACUCCAGUGAAGUAAACUUACUCAUAACUUACUAAUAUAACAAUAAAUAGCAUUGAAGACUACAGUUUUACACAGUUUUAUUUAAAUCAUUCGUUGAUCAACAUGUACUUAGGACUCAUAGGGUAUUUUUUGCUAAUGCUGCAAAUUCUUUUGCCUCAAACAAAUGGAAAAGGAUGUCAGUUUGCUACGAAAUGCGUGCAACUACAUAACUGUCCCAAGAUGAGAGCAAAUAUGAUUACGAAUUCAUCCAUCAGAGUUUGUGGCAUGAAUAAAAUUUGCUGCCCCAAUCCGAAGACGUAUAUGCUACCUGAUACCUGUGGAAUAUCAAGAAGGAAGCCCACGAAAGGCAGAGUGCCGACGCCUAAUGAGUUUCCCUGGAUCGCCAUGCUGUUAUACAGUCUAAAAAACAAUAUGUCUCAGAAGGAAUUCCCAAGAUGUGGGGGAUCCCUUAUAAACAAGUGGUACGUCUUGACGGCAGCGCACUGCGUGGAUUAUCCAUUUUUGCCGCCUUCGCUUGUUCUCAAGAGAGUGAGAUUGGGCGAACAUGACAGGUCAACAAAUCCCGAUUGGAUUAUAGUGAAUGGAAGAGGUCGGAACGUUCAUCCUUAUCUGGAAAUCGAUGUGGACCAAAUUAUUGCUCAUGAACAAUUCAACCGUGGAAAAAAGAUGAUAAACGACAUAGCACUCUUGCGACUUAAAGUUCCAGUACGCUAUACGACAGCCAUUCAACCUAUUUGUAUUCCAAUACCCCAAAGAAUAUCAUUGCAUAAGCGGGAAUUUAGAGCAUCCGGAUGGCCGGAAAUAGGACAAGGAUUUCAAAGUGAAGUGUUGUUGCGCAGCUUCAUCGCGGAAAGGCAUCCAGAUGUUUGCAAAUCAAAUGAAGACUUCGAUUUCCGCAGUCAAAUAUGUGCUGGUGGUUUGGAUGGGAAUCACACCCGUCAAGGCGAUUCCGGCGGACCCCUAAUGGAGACCGUAUUACAUGGGACGGUCUUAGUAACUUAUGCAACCGGCAUAAUCUCCUACGGACUUACCCCCCCCUGCCAGGAAAAUAGGUGCAAGCCAGAAUUUCACACAAACACUGCUUACUUUCGGGAAUGGAUCAUUUCGAAAUUGUAA